GCGCUAAAGCCUCGAAGUUGCUGAGGAGCUGAGGGUGUCCUUUGACCUCCUACAGAGUCACGUGGGCUGGCAGGGGCGGGGCGGAAAAGCCGAAUAAGUUCCUUCCGGGUCAGUGACGGAGGCGUCUACUCCGAGAGGUAGUUUCUGGCGGGUUGGUCUUAUCUGCAUCUUCGUUGUCCCAGCGCAUGGUGAUUGUGAUUUUGACGAUGAGCUCCCAGAAAGGGAACGUGGCCCGUUCCAGGCCUCAGAGGCAUCAGAAUACGUUUAGCUUCAAAAAUGACAAGUUUGAUAAGACUGUUCAAACCAAGAAAAUUAAUGAAAAACUUCAUGAUGGAGUAUGUCAGCGCUGUAAAGAAGUUCUUGAAUGGCGUGUAAAAUACAGCAAAUACAAACCAUUGUCAAAGCCUAAAAAAUGUGUUAAAUGUUUACAAAAGACAGUGAAGGAUUCUUAUCACAUAAUGUGUAGACCAUGUGCCUGUGAACUUGAAGUUUGUGCAAAAUGUGGGAAAAAAGAAGACAUUGUUAUUCCGUUUAAUAAAGAACCAGAAAAGACAGAAGACAUUGAAAAUAACCCACGUUCCAGCCAUAGAAAAAGCUGCAGAAGAAAUGAAGAAAGUGCUGAUUUAGAUUUUGAUAUUGAUUUAGAUGACGCAGAAGAAGAUGACAAAUAAAUUAAUAUAUUAAAAAUGUGAAAACAUGAAAUUCUGAACAUUUUGACUUUGAGGAUUUUACCAGAAAAUACUGUGAAAUUCUAAUGAAGAAUUUGGAAUAACCUAUAGAAAUGGCCAUAUUUGUACAUGGACAGUAUAAAUUGUAUAUGAUAUGAAUAAUUAUAAAACUUUAAUUCAGAGUUAAAUUCUUAAUAAAUUUUUAAGUAACAUAUGCCAAAGUGAGGAUUGGGAUAUCAAAUUCAGCUCAUGGUAAUUAUUUAGAAAAAUAUACUACCUAAUAUCAGAGUAAACAAGAUUCAGAAUUGAUGGUUAUAUAAGAACUGUCCCAUGGAAAAAUCAGAUGACAUUAUUACUGCUAGCUUCAAAAAUUGGUCCUCAGUAUGUACUUUUUAAUAAAUUGAUAUCAAGUAAAUGACCCACAUUAAAAAAGCCCCCUUACUUAAUGUUUGGUUGCUUUAUAAUUAUUUUUUAAUAAUAAGUUUAACAAGUAUAGAAGUUUUUUCUUUGAAAGGUAUCUUUAUAUACAUCAUCCCAUUAUUUACCUUUGUUUUUCUGUGAAGUAUACAUACAGAAAACACAUAUAAUAUAUAUGUAUAGUUUAAUAAAUAAUUAUAAAGAAAACACAUCUAUUCCCAGAUGAAGAAACUACUCCUAAACAGCCCUAGCUGAUGUGGCUCAGUUGUUUAAGUGUUGGCUUGCAAACCAAAGGGUCACUGGUUCAAUUCCCAGUGAGGACAUGUUCCUGGGUUGCAGGACAGGUCCCUGGUAGGGGAGCGUUUGAGAGGCAACUACACAUUGAUGUUUCUCUCCCUCUUUUUCUCCCUCCCUUCCUCUCUCUCUAAAAAUAAAUAAAUAAAAUCUUUAGAAAAAAAGAAACUACUCCUAAACGAUAUAAAUCAGCUUUAUCUAAUUUUUGAACUUUUUUCUUUUUACCUCAAAAAAUAUUAAACCUAAAGAAAAGUAACAAAAUAAUACAAUGAACCUCUGUAUACUCCCACCUAGAUUCAUAUUUGUUAACAAUUUGCCAUGUUUCAUUUAUUUAUUUAUUUGCAUUUGAAUGGGUGGAAAUGGAUAUGCAUUUUAUUUGCUGAGCCGUUUGAAAAUAGUAAGUGGCAGGCAUUGGUUUUGAACAGACUUAUACUAUGCAUGUUAUUUUGUAUCUCUUCUGUAUUUCAUUAUUAUGAAAUUGGUGAGAUUGAUCCAGGUUGUUACAAGAGCCCUGAUUCGUUCAUUUGACAUUACCUUGUUUUAUUCUAUUGUGUUUCCAUAGCACAAUUUAUUUAUACUGUCUAUGUUGAGGGACAUUUGAGUUAAUCUCAGUUUUUUUUCUAUUAAAAACAAUACUGCUGUUACCAUUGUUUUAUGUGUUUUUUGAAACAUGUCUUAUUUCUUGGUAUACAUUUCUGUAUAUGUGAAUCUAGCAGCGGUUGAGGGUAUCAGGUUUAUACGUCUUCAGUAUUACAAUAUAAUGCCAAGCUGUCUUUCCAGAAGGAUUGUUAUCUCCCUCCCCCAGUGUUAGGGUUCCAGUGUUUCUGUGUUGUUUCCAAUACUUGGUAUCAGACUUGCAAAUUUUGUCAACUUGAUAUGUGUGUGAUGUAUGUCUUUGCCUCAUUGAUUUUUAUUUCUCCAGUACCAAGUUUGAGCUCUUAUUUUACAUUUUGACUGGUUUUUUGGUUAUUAGAUGCUAUUAAGGCAUUAUUUUAAUAAUGUUAUUUAAGAAA